AUGUUCAAUCGGGACAAGCUCAAGGCCCUGGCCGAUCAGGCCAGGGCCGCUGGGGGCCGGCUGGCCACCAGCGCCCAAGCCGGCAUCGCCCAGGCGCAGCAGAACUUUGCCGCGCAGCGAGCUGCCAACCCUGGGUCAGAUCUGGCCGCUGAGGAUGCCAUCCGACUGCUCACAGCCCAGAACGAGGCCCUCCGCAUGCGCCUGAAGGCGCAAAAAAGGCUGUCUGAGGAGAAUGAGCACCUACGAGCGGCCCUGGAGCAGCUGCAGGGACGAGACGAGGGCGUUGCGGCGCCUGGCCCCGCCUCCGAGCGCGCCGAGCUGGAGUCCCAGGUGGAGAUGCUGGUCGCGGCCCUCGCAGACGCCCGUGCGGAGGCUGUGUCCGCGCGGUCCGCCGCCCAGGACGCCGCUGCGGAGCUGGCCGCCGCGCUGCGCACCGUCAAGGAGCUGCGCAGCGAGCGCUGCAGCCUGAGGGAGCUGCAGGCCGCCACCGCGGAGGCCGCUGCACAGGCGGCCGCGCUGGAGAGGGAGAAGCGCGGGCUUCAGGCCACCCUGGGGGUGGAGCGCGUGGAGAGGAGGGAGCUGGAGCUGGCCCAGGCCGAGAUCGAGGGCCUACGCGUUUGCCUUGGCGAGUCGCAGGCUGCGUGGGCGGCUCAUGUUGCGGCCCAGGAGCUGCGUGGACGUGAGGCGGGGCCCGAGGAGGCGGAAGGGGUGCAGGGCGCUCCCGGUGCCGCAGAGCUGGAGAGGGUUCAGGCUGAGCUGGCACAGACCCGCGCUGAGCUAGGACAGACCCGUGCAGAGCUGACAGGAGCGCAGGCAGACCUUGCACAUGCCCACGCUGAGCUGCCAGGGCGACGGCAGGAGCUCCUGGCUGCAGAGCAGCCCUUGGACCUGCAGAACUUGAAGGCAGUGCCGCACCCCAGUGUCCAGCCAGAUGCAGGGCUGCCCGCGGCCUCGGCCCCACGCGUGCGGCCGGACAGCGCCGACUCGGCAUCGCCUGGGCCGGCCAGCCGCGACCUGGAGGAGCUGAGGGACCUGCUGAGUGGGGCGGGCAGCCUGGCCAGUGACCCAGGGGCCGGACCCGUGCAAAGAUCGGUCUCCGUGCCGGUCCCUGGGGCCAGCACCGCUGACGCUCCAGGGAGCCAUGGCACUGGCGGGAUCGCUCAGGCCCUCCUGGAUCGCAUGGCCGCCUCCAUCCGGGCCACCGAGGGGUCGUUCGCAGGGCUGUCUGAGGACCUGGCACAAGCACGCGCUGACAAGGAGCGCCUGACGCAGGAGCUGGCGGCCUUGUCAGAGCGCGCCGAGCGUGACAGGGCCGAGGCAGAGCAGCGGGCGGCAGGCGCCGAGGCGAGGGCCGAGGAGCUGCGCGCCGAUGGCGCCGCGCUUUCCAGCCUCCGCGCCGCGGAGCAGGCCCUCGAGGCGCUGCAGGCAGAGCUGCGGGCCGCGCGCGAGGGCCGCGACGCAGCUGUGGCCGGGCUGGCAUCCCUGCGAGCGACGGCGGCCGCUGAACUGGAAUAUGCACGUCAGGAAGCGGCGGCUGAGCUGGCAAAUGCCCGGCACGAAGCGGCGGCUGAGCUGGCAAAUGCCUGGCGAGAAGCGGCCGCUGAAGUGGACACUGUGAGGCGGGAGACAGGGGCCGAGGCGGAACGAUUGAAGAGCGAGACUGCAGCUGGGCUGGAGCAUGAGCGGGUGCGUGCGGCAGGGGAGUUGGCCGCCGCGCAUGAAAGCGCGGCGCAGGCUCUGGCCGCAGCGCGCGCCGAGGCCGCGGCCGGCCUCGCGGCUGCGCAGCAGGCAGCGGACCUGCAGCUGGCAGCUGUGCAAGAGGAGGCAGAUGCGCUGCGGCGGGAGGCAGAAAUUGCUGCGGCAGCCUCCUGCCAGGCCUCGGAGUCGGAAGUGCAGAGGUUAAAGGAAGAGCAACAUCGCCUGGAGGCAGCCCUGGCAGCGGAGCGAGAUUCCUCCAUGGACGCCGUCGAAGCGCGAGAGGCGGAAGCAACAGCGGCCGUCACGCGCGCUGAGGAGCGGGUCCGCGCCGAGGUGGAGGCGGCGGCUGCGAGGGACCGGGCUGAGCUGGAGAAACAGGUGCGGGCGGCGCAGGAUCGUGCCACGGAAGCAGGGGGCCAAGCUGAAGCCGAGCUUGCACGCCAGGCCGAGGCGCUGGAGGCGACCUCGCUGCGGGCCUCCUCAGCGGAGGCGCGCUGCCUCUCCCUCCAUGCAACAACCGACGCGCUGAGAGCCCAGACCGCGGCGCUGCAGGAGCAAGUCGCGGCGCUGGAGGCUGGGGUGGCUGCGGCAAGCUCGGCCCGGUCCCAGAGCGCAGAGCUGCCAGUCGCUGCAUCCGGGCAGGAUCGGGCGUAUCAAGAAGCGGAGCUCAAUCCCGGCGCUUGGGGGCACAGCAACAAGAGCGGCAGUCUGGGAGCGGUGCCUGCAAGGGCGGGGCCCGGGAGCGGAGCAUCCGAGGUCCCUGAGAUUCCGGCCGCUGAGGGGAGUCCUGCAGACCAGCAAAUAGCCGACGAAGCUGAGCUGCGAGGAAGGAUCCGGGAUUUGGAGCUGGCGCUGGUCGAGAGUGAGCACACGCAUGCCCUACGGGACACAUCGGCCUCGAUCCUCAAGGAGGAGAUUGAGGAGAUGAGGCGGCGGGACUGCCGGGAGUCUGUGAGCCUGGAGUACCUGAAGAACGUCGUGCUCUCUGGCUUCUACACCGGCCAGCUCCCCCCCACCUCCCCGCUCGUUCCCGUACUUGCAAAGCUGCUGCAGUUCAGUCCCCAGGAGUCGCGCCAGAUUGCUGCCAAGGCCGCCCAGGCCUCGCAGGCCUACCGCCUCCUGCCAGGCUUCUGA